AUGACAAAUAAAAACAAUAAUUAUAGUUUGUGGAUAGGUAAUAUACCUUUUGAUAUAACAGAAAAUGAGCUUUAUGAAAUUUUAUGUAAAGUGGGUGUAGUUAGAAAUGUACGAAUAAAAUAUGAUGUGGAUAAAAAUAUGAGUAAAGGUUUUGCUUUUUGUGAAUAUAAGGAUGUGGAAACAUGUUUGUUGGCUUUUAAAUAUAUUAACGGAUAUGAAAUUAAAGGAAGAAAAUUAAAAGUUUUUUGGGCUAAUGAAGAAUAUAAAGAUAAAUAUGGACAUCCCACAUCAUACAAUAAUAAUAAUAAUAAUGAUAAUUUAAAAAGUAAUAAUUUAUGUGAUAAUCAUAUAAAUAAUAAAUUUUUAAAUAAUAAUAAUAAUAAUAUAUCAUUAUAUAAUCCUAAUUCAUUUACAAAUAAUUCAUUUAUAAAUAAUUCAUUUAUAAAUAAUUCAUUUAUAAAUAACUCAAAAACUUUAAUAAAAAAUAAAUAUGAUAAAAAAAAAGUACCAAUAUUAUAUAAUGAAGAUGAUAUGAAAGAAGAAAAGAAUUCGACAAACAUACAUAAUUCACAUAUACUAAAUAAUAAUAUAGAUAAAUCAAAUAUUAUGAUAAAUAAUACAAACAAUGAUAAUUAUAUAAAAGUAAAUAUUUCCAAUAUUGUUCAUACACUCACGACCUCCCAAAUUAUUUAUAUUCUAUCAUAUUUUAAAAAACUUGCUGUACAUAACGGAAAGGAAUUAAUGUGUUAUUUACGGAAAAACAAAAAUAUUACCUAUGCCUUAUUACAUAGCUUAUUUAUUCUGAAUAUUAUUAAUGAUUAUAACCAUAUGAAUUCUUUAGAGGUUUAUACAAAUUAUGAUUCUCUCUUAAACAAGAAAGAGAGAAUUCUACAGAUGAACUUGAGUAAUAUAUCCUUAGAUUAUAAGAAAAAGGACAUAAACAAAAGAGAUGUGGUUUUUAAAAGUAAAAAUAAUAAUAUGACGAUGGCUGAAGCGGGUUCAAAUAAAUUUUUUUUCAACAAUAUGAAGAAGGAAGCACAAUCUACAGGAGUAUACAAAAUGAACAAGUUGGAUAAUGUGAAUAAUGCAACACACAUAAAUGAUCAUCAUAUUAUUAAUAAUAAUAAUAUUGUGAUGAAUAAACCCUUUGUCAGUAAAAAAAAAGAGCAAGAUAAUUUUUCAAAAUCGAAAUGUGGAACAUCCACACUUUACAAUAAUAAAAAAAGGUUUAUACAAAACGCAGAGAGCAUGAAUAGAACAAACUACUAUGAUAAGGGAAUGCAUAAUAUAAAUAAUAAGAAUGGUUCUAGUUUUCUUAUUAAUAAUAAUAGUAAUCUAAGUCUUUAUAAUAACAUGAGGAAGAAAAAGAAAAAAAAGAGAGACUAUAAAAAUGCAGAUGGAAAUAAUAAAACUAAUGCUAAUCAUAAUUUUUCUCACAGAGAUGAUUAUGGUGUAUAUAAGAAGAAAAAGUUGUAUAAUGAUAAGGAUCCUUUGGCCGAUACGAUAAAUGAUGAUAUGUAUAAUAUGAAUAAUGUAAAUAAUAUGAAUAAUAUAAAUAGUAUGAACAAUGUGACGACCAAGGGACUGUAUCAGAACGUAUUUCAUGGGAACACAACACCCAAUAAUGAUAACAGAAAAAAUGAACAAUUUAUAGAUGAAAAUAAUUAUGAAGAAGAUAAAUAUAUGAAUAAUGGUUCUGUCUUAACAAAUGGGACAUAUGAUAAUAAGAUGAAUGAUAUUCCAGAUUAUAUGCGUACAUUAGAUAAAAAGAAUAAUAUUCAUAAUAUGAAUACUAAUAUAUAUUAUAAUAAUUUAGAAAAGAGAGCAGCGGGUGGAUUAUAUAAUACAAAACCGGGUGUAGAGACAUUACCUAGUGAUAGUAUGAAUGAUGAGUUUACACAAAAUAAUAAUAAUAAUAAUAAUAAUUUAUAUGUCCAUGAGAAAAAUAAGACCAACGGAAAUUUAAUCAAGGAUAUGAAAAAGAAAACAAAUAAAACAGCAAAUACAAAUAUAUCCAAGGAUAGUAAUAAUAAUAAUAAUGUUCAUACAAAUUGUGUAUUAUAUAAAAACAAUCAAAAUAAUGAACACGUUGUGUUAGAUGAUAUAUAUAAAAAUAUAGAUUUACCUGAUGAAGAAUUAGUUAAUGAAGUUAUAAAAAAUACAGACAUAUUAAAUAAUAUUUUGAAAUCAAAAAUAGAAAAUAUGAAACUGUGGAAUAAUGAACAAAGAAUACAAGUAUUAUCGAUACAAAAGGCUUUACAAUUAAAAGGAUAUACACUAAAAUGA